GGCUGCGGGAUCGAGCGUCAUCUGUCUUCGGGUAGAUAGGGAGUAGAAUUGGGUUUAUCUCCUUUCAACGUUGCGCCUGGUCAUUCAAGUCAACCACCAUGUCCUCUCUUCUGCAGCUCCCGAAUGAGAUCCUCGCCGACGUUCUCCGGCACUGCCCCGAUUUCUCGACCCUCUGGAGUCUCAUCCAUGCCUCCUCGCGGCUGUCGGCUGUCUUUGAUGCCCGCGCGGGAGAAAUUGUCAACGCCAUUCUGCUGGCGAGCGUACCCCCUCCGACCCGCGACCUCAUCCAGGCCGUGGUGACCAUCCGCCUCGGGUCUUUCGAGUUCCAGUCGUAUUACCAAUUUCUGCGCCAUCCUCUCGCUGUCUGUCAGGGCUUGGACCCCACCGUACCCCCGCCUUUGCUCCGAAAGCUGGUGGGCCUAGCGCAUCGGGUUCAUGCUCUGGCGCACCUAUGUCUCAACCGAUGCUUGCGCCGAUGCGAGUCAGUCUUGUGCCCGGGGGCAUCGUCCCCGUCGUGGACAGAAGAGCAGCGGGCCAUCCUGGGGUUUUGGCACGUACAGUUCUUCUACGAGCUCAAGACGGGCGCAUGUAAAGCACGGUUGAACUGGCCGGCCAGCGACCUCGCCUCUCUGCGCACUAGCACCCCCAGCACGUUUCGAUUUCGAAAGCCGGUGCAAUGUGAGCAAGCGUGGACGGCCAUCGAGCUGAUCAACGAGCUCUCGGGGCAACACCCGGCGACUCCGGCGUGGACCUGCCCGCCCCAUCGAUUCCAGCUACCGCAGCCCCCUCGCGCAAGCGAAUUUGGCUGGGACUGUCCCCCAGCUCCGUCCCCUCAGGCGUUGGCGCCAAACCGGCGGCCUCGCGAGCGAGCCUCGGACCGGGCGCCCAUGCCCCCUCCCUUGCCCGGGCCCGGUCCGCGUGCCUCGACACGGGCGCCGGCGACACCCAGUGAUGCGAUGCCUGCUCCUCGCCCUCCGGUGAUGAGGGGGUUCGGGACUUGGCCAGAAUGGAGGGAUCUCGAGCGGGGCUCCGUCGGAUGGGAGCUGUUUCGGACAAUGGCGUCGAAUCCUGAGGCGGGGUCCCUGGCGGGGCUUCGCUUCGACCCUUAUCGCAAAUUCGGGCUUCUGCUCUGGGAAGAGCAACGGAUGGUGGAUUGGGGGCUGUGGCCUCAGGAGGCUCGCCUGGAAUCUGCGGGAGAUUGUUACCAGCGAUGGCGCGAGCUGCUAGGCGAGGAGGAAAUUGCACGGCACUCGGGGCGGGCGUAUCCGACAACCAGCCGAGCGAGCCGGCGAGGCUGAAAGAUAGCUAAGCCCAGAUG